ACAUCCAAUGCGCUCGCUCUCCAACGUAAACCAACGAUGGCCGCAAUAAAUCAAGGCUGUUGCACACUAAAGUCCGGAUGAGGCGCUGUGUUCAAUUUGAAUGUGCUGUUUCAUUCAAGUCUGAUCACUUUCGCUUUUGUUAAAGAGCGAGGGCCAGUCGAGGAGACACAGAAAUCGGCUUUUCUUUACAGGUAAAGUGCUUGGAAGAUGAGCUACGAUCGUGCAAUCACAGUGUUCUCACCUGAUGGCCACUUAUUCCAGGUGGAAUACGCACAGGAGGCGGUCAAAAAAGGUUCAACCGCUGUUGGAGUGCGAGGAAAAAACGUCGUUGUGCUAGGAGUGGAGAAGAAAACUGUCGCCAAGCUCCAAGAUGACAGAACAGUGCGCAAAAUCUGUGCCUUGGAUGACAACGUCUUCAUGGCCUUUGCAGGGUUGACGGCAGAUGCCAGGAUCGUUGUUAACAGGGCUAGGGUGGAGUGUCAGAGUCACAGGCUUACAGUGGAAGACCCUGUGACUGUGGAGUACAUCACACGCUUCAUUUCCAGCAUCAAACAGCGCUACACCCAAAGCAGUGGGCGAAGGCCCUUUGGCAUCUCCUCCCUCAUUGUGGGGUUUGAUUUCGAUGGAACACCCCAUCUGUACCAAACUGACCCUUCAGGAACAUAUCAUGCUUGGAAGGCAAAUGCCAUUGGAAGAUCUGCCAAGACUGUACGUGAGUUUCUAGAGAAGAACUAUAAAGAGGAGCAUAUGGAAUCCGAUACAGACACCAUUAAACUGGCCAUCAGAGCUCUACUUGAGGUUGUCCAGUCAGGUGGAAAGAACAUUGAGCUGGCCAUUAUGAAGCGGGAUGAAUCAAUGAAGAUUCUGGUCCAAGAGGAAAUUGAGGAAUAUGUCACGGCUAUUGAAAAGGAAAAGGAGGAAGCAGAGAAACAAAAGAAGAAAACAUGAACACUUUCUGAAUGAAGUUCAUGACCAAACAUGCCUUCAUCCAUCUUCAAUAUUGCAUCAGGAUUCUCAUUGUUUACAUUAAUUAUCUCAUCGUUUCUCUAUCCAAUGCUGGAGGGACUCCUAAGGAGUGCAUAUUUUUGUUCUAGCACACUUCUUUUGACUAGUCACCGGGCUCUUGUUUGGCUGAAUCGGGUUGGCUAUGGUAGUGCUGGGAGAGACUCUUCUGGGUGCCGAGACUAGUGUUGGGCUAAAACAAAACUCCUCCUAUCCUGGGAGUCCCAAUUAAAUGGAUGGAGAAACACUGCUGCCCUAAUCGACCAUAUGAAAACUUAAGACUUUGCCUUAUUCUUGCAAUGAAUAAAUAUCUGUAUUUAAACUA